AUGGCAAAGCUGUCCGGUGGCGUGGCGGUCAUCAAGGUCGGCGCUGCCACCGAGAUAGAGUUGAAGGAGCGCAAGGCCCGGGUUGAGGACGCACUGUCCGCUACCCGUUCCGCCGUCGAAGAAGGCAUCGUACCUGGUGGCGGAGUUGCCCUGGUUCGCGCCCAGCGGGCCCUGGACAACAUCACCGUCCUUAACAGCGACGAAGAGGUCGGCGUGAAUAUCAUCCGCCGGUCCUUGGAACAGCCCUUGAAGCUCAUUGUCGAAAACGCCGGUUCCGAAGGCGCCGUCGUAUUGAACCAGGUCAAGCAGCAGGCUGACGACUACGGUUACGAUGCUGACAUCGGCGUGUUCGGGCCCAUGAUGGAGCGCGGUAUCGUUGACCCGGUGAAGGUCACCCGGUACGCACUUCAGAACGCUGCCAGCGUUGCCGCUAUGGUGCUGACCACCGAGUCCAUGAUUACCGAGAUCCCUGAGCCGGCUUCCGCUGCCUCCGCAAUGCCGCCGAUGGACUACUAG